UGACGUCAGUGGUAAUAUAACUACUGCGGGUUUUCCCGUGUAAGCCUGUUGUUGCCUGUCUGCCAUUGAACUGAGUCGUGUGGUGGUUGUGCCCUUGGACCACCGACGAUUAAUUUCAUUUUAAAUGAGUAGUGGUUCAUCAAAUUCACCUGGCGAAGGUCAGAACGGACGCUAGGCAUCUCAUUUAAGUAAUAUCGGGACUUAUUUGACUGAUAUUAAGUCGGAUUAUUUAUUAAUUAUCUUGACGGAUAUCGUGACCUAGUUAGACCCGGCAAAUCCAGCUGAUCGUUAAAACAUGGCGGCCAACCAACACCUAGCAGAUGACUACAUUAGCGAUUUUGAUCUUGUGCAUUUUGAGAUGCCUACACAACCAGUCAUAAAAAAGGAACCCAGCAGCAAGUUUUCGGAUGCAUGUUGUGCAAAAAGCGACAUCCGUCCAAUCCUUCCGCUCCAACCGCUAACCCCGAUCGGGUCGGGUCGAACCACACCAAUAAGUCCAGACAGCCGGAAUGUGCCGCUCUCGCCGGCACAGAGCGAGGCUUCAACACCAUCCCCUACCACUGCAUACCCGCGACUGAUGAUGGAAGAUCUAUCUUGGUUGACACAAAACGUGGCAUUUUCCCUGCCUGGUAAUUCUGAAAUCACACCUGCAGAAGCUGCCGAUGUAUUAAUAUCGUCGAGUCCAGAGUUCGUUCAGAGUUUUCAGAAGUACUUGGUGUCGGGAGCUCGUGCGUCCAGGCAAAAUUCUAUACAGUCCUCGCAGCCUUCGCAGGCCUCUGAGAAAUUCGAGGAAGACGACGAUGACGAACCUUUAAUGGAAAUGAUCAAAGAAGAGCUGCCGACCCCACCGGAAAGCCCCCUUGACCAGCAGGUAGCAACCCCGUCUUCAGUGGCGAGCUCAAGAAAACGGCAGCGGAAAGACAGCAGUUGCUACUCGUCCUCGUGCGAGCUCGACGACGAUGACCUGGUUACACUUCCGGUUCGCGAACUCAAUAAACGUCUUCAAGGUCUUACCAAAGAUGAAAUUCAACGUUUAAAGCAGAAGCGACGAACCCUGAAAAAUCGAGGGUACGCUCAGAAUUGUAGAUCUAAAAGAAUGCAUCACAAAACGCAGCUUGAAAGAACAAACAAUACAUUAGCAGACCAAAUCAAUAAUCUUCAGAGGAAUGUUGCAAUUUUAACACGAGAACGGAACUAUUUCAAACAGCAAAAUGACAUGCUCAGGGCGAAGUUAGGGCUCUCGAAAGGAAGUUCCUCUACUGGCCAGUCUUGCGAAAGUUCUCUGUCUAGCUACCCAAAUUCACCAACAUAUGUGUAAGAAAUCUCGUCAGCCACCACGCUACAUGGAAUUUAUUUACACGAUGGAUCACCAUAAUUUACACAAAGUGCUACGUCUCGACAGGUGAGGUGAAACUUGCAUGUGUUACACUUGCUGUCGUUCAUUACACAACAUGGAAAGGCUUAUCAGCACACAGCUGAUAUAGUACGUGUAUACUUGUUUCUGUUUCGUGUUACUGAAAGAUUCAUUAUGUUCGUUCAUAAUUGAUUGACUUCAUUGAGUGGAUAAGCGUUUUUUUUGUUGUUAUCUUUCCCAUGGUUAUUGAAUAAUUCUGUCUGGGAAAUAAUAUGUAAAUAGAAUGUGCCCUAUAGCUUGAGCGUUGCCAGGCUUGAUAUACAUGUGAUCAUUACAGUCGCUUUCACUCAGUCAUCGCAUUUUUGUUAUGUAUAUGUUGAUUUUAUUGUUGUUUGUUCAUAUUUGCCUACACAGCCAUUAAUGGAUACUAUUUUUACCUGAAUUGCCAUGUCAUAUGUUCACGAUUAUACAGAAUGUUUUAUGAAUGCUAUGAGUGACAGAUUGUUGGAGAAUAUGUGCGUUUAGUUCACUGUAACGGUUAUUAAGUCAUAUUAUUUCAGUAUUUGAUUCAUUUGUCACGGGAAAAUGUUCUAAACUUUAUGAUACAGCCUGUAUGUCUGUGAUUUAUCAAGUCCUUAAUAUGAAGUGUCAGGUGUAUCUAAAGAUAUGUUGACCUUUAUUUUCACAUUCUGUAGAAAAAUAUCUAUGUAAUAUGUUGCAUUUUCAAAGACCUUGUUAUGACAUCCCUAUUACAUAUUCCCCUGCCUCGUAAUAUUUAAGCAUUCUGGAUUAAGGAAAUUAACGCUAUAUCAUAAUCCUUUAGGGGGGAAAUGUAAUCACAUUUCAUGCUUUUGUACAGUACAUUUUUCACUGUUAGAAUUGGAAUAACAUUUGUUCAAUCAGGUGUCUAUGCAUGUUCACAUAGCUUACAAAAAAUGCUGGUUGCUUGAGCUUCAAGAGGCGAACGCAGUACAGACGUAGGUCUACACAACUGGCACUUACUCACACAUACAUUAUACAUAUGUACAUGUUCACAUCGUCUGCUUGCCUCGCCUAGACUGUGUUCCCAUUUGACAUGUGUAUGUAUGUAUAUGUACGUCCGAUGAGUGUGCGGAUGUAAACAUGUUAAUGUAAACGCCGCAUCAUAAUUGUUGCUAAAAGCCAUACGUGUACUGCUUUUUGUUAACUGAUCCAACACUGCACAUUUACUCGAGCAAAUGUUCACAGUAUUUUCUUUGGUAGUAAUUCUUAACAUUUUUAGUAGGUAACUUGAUUUUUGUUUCAUGCUACUCUCUUACACAACUCUUAACUAGAGAACAUGCUUAGAAAUAACCUGAGAAUUGAUAAUGUAUUUAAUUUGUUCAACAGAAUCUGGGUUAUAGUUUAUAAUUCACACAUGUUAUGUGAAAUUUAACAGUAGCGUAUUUAAUGAAUUGCCUUGUUUAAGUCUAAUUCUUUUAUGUGUAUUUGUUCACGUAUUAUGUCAAGCCGUUUUACUGAAAAUACAAAGCAGUCAUUCAGUCUAUUGGUGUACAAAACGAAUGGUAUAAAUGAAGACAUGUACACACAAUUCGUAUUUAACUAUAGGAGCGGCUAGGGGAACAAACAUGCGGGCGAUUGAUUUUCUUAACGCUCGGGCAUUAUAUUGAACAUACUAGAUAGCCUAUGCUUGAAUUGUUUAUUACAUAGAAACAGUUGAGCGAUUUUAGUAGUAGCUUAAAGCUUACAUUUCAUGGUUGGCUUUACUUUAUGGUGUCAACUUUGUCUUAUGAACCUGCUUUUUUGUCCAGUUCUUUUUUAACCAAAGAUUUAAGUGUUAUGCUUAUCGUAGUUACAGUUGUUCAUUUAGAAAUCUGAUAUGUCGAUACUUAUUAUAUUGAUCUUUUUAACCCUUAUGCAUAGUAUAUAUCACAAGUUUUAGUAGUUUUUGUAUUGAAGAUAAUUGGUUUUAAACAUUUUGUUCGAUUAAGAGAUUUUAGAAGGUAUUUCACAAUAUUUUAAAUGUUUACUGUUAUCAAAGUAACUUCUAGAUUUUAACUAAAAGAAUACGCUGUGAUAAUUUUAAGAUUGUAUGUACAUGCAUUUUCUUAUAAAGCCUAUUCUUUCCGCUUGCAUUUAGUUGACAUGCAUUUCUAAAUAGAAUGCAUCAUAUAUGUAAAUCGUUAUGAGCUACUGCUUGAAGAACGGAUUGUACAGCUACUGAUGGAAGAGCAAGUGUAGAUUUACACGCGAUAUAGCAGUUGGUGUACACAGCCCGCCUGUAGUAAUAAUCAGCUAAAUGUAUGGUAUUCUGUUAUUUGAGUUAGGCUUCUUUUGUACGCGCUUUUUACAUCCAACGGUUCAUUUAAUCCCAGACCACUUUAUCACUGUUAAUAUCGGUGGUUCAGUUAAAGUUGUUCAGUUUUCAUGCUUACCACUUUAGUUGUGUUUAAAUGUAGCUGAAUAGGUCCUUUAUUAUUACAGCGUAUUUUACGUGCUCUACUCAGCUCUUAAGGUUUAAAUAUUAUUGAAUACGUCUGCAGAGAUUAAAGCACAAACUGUGGGUCUGUCGCGCAAUAUAUAUUGACUACAUGAGAACUGUGUUUUGUAUUUUGUUUACAAAAAGUGUAGAAUAAUUUGAUAAAACCGCCUGACCUAAUUCAUGAAGAUUUACAUUCGUAAUUAGUUUAGUUAACCCAUUUAUGCCUAGUGGACUCUUCCAUCCUUCUAAAUUGGAUCAAUUUAUUUCCAAAAUUAGGGAUGUCUAGUAUAUUUAUUUCCAUAUUUAUAAUAUUUCUUACAGAAAUCCCUUUAAGCAAACAGCGCAGACCCUGAAGAGACGCCGCAUAUCAUGCGGCGCCUCAUCUGGGUCUACGCUGUUUGCCAAGGCCUUUUUUCUAGACGCUAGGCAUAAAUGGGUUCAAAUAGAGCUAUUCACUAAGGUCGGUAACUCGAAUUAUAAGACUAUUACAACACGAACAAAAGUUACAUCUCACAACUGCUGCAUACAUUUACACAAAAUGAUGUAUAUUUAUACAACUCGCGAAACUCUGAAAGAAUUGCGAAAUAUAUUUAUGGGGAUUUGUUUUCUUCUUGUUUUCGGCAUCAAUGUGUUUUAUAAACGUAAAUUCAUUUUUUCUAUUUUUACUGUUGACAUGUGUGACGGUUUCAUUUUUAAUUUAAGAUCAACGUAGAUGUAUCAUAGUAGUGUUUAAAGGGGAUAAAUGCGAUGUGUUACACAUUUUUAAAUGUAUUAAAUGCCAUUUUUGUACAACACAAGAACUUUAAUACAUACAUUUCAUACCUAAUCACGAUUUAUUGAAAGUGCGAAUUCUGUAAUUGUAUACUGGCUUAAUUGCUUGUCUUUGACCAUAUUUGCUGAUUCUAUAUAAUGAACACUAUAUUCCAACUGUUAACUUUAGGGAGACAAUUGCAGAUUGUUGGCAGCUAUAAUUUUAGUAUUGCUGCCUAACUGCUCUCCGCCCGCCCCGAAACUCCUAUUGCCACUCAUGUGUAUAAUGCGACAGGGUGUUGUCUUUUUAUGCAGCAGGCAUGAGUACUUGCAGUUUCUACAUUCUUUUUGAACAUGUACAUUUGUAUAUUUUCUAAAUAUCUUUUAUUGUUUAAGCCAUUGAGGAUAUUUUAUGACAUCGUUUAGAAAUUGUAUAUGUAUCUUGUGUGACAGUAUACAAUCAAUUGUUGUCAAGAAUUUACCUAUACAUCUUAACUGCCACAUACUAUAUUUAUUCACCAUGCAAUGUUAAUAUUUUUUGCUUUAAUCCAUCACAACAUUUUAAAUACUAAAGGCCAUUGUAAAUACAAGAAAUAUACACGAAAUCAGUAUUGGGGGAAACAGUAAUUAGUUUUCUUAUUUUAAAUAUCAUGCAUGAUUUUUUUUAAUUAAGAACUUAGUUCGGAAUUUAGUUUUGAUGUAUUGUUUUGUUGAUAAUAAUUGUGAACAAAAUACUUUAUUACCCUAUAAAAUGUGAAUGUUUUUUACCUGUAUACAACUUACUAUUUAUUAUGUUAAGACUACCCGUUUUAAAUUGCUGAUAUCAAAAAUGACAGGAAA